AUGUCAACAUCGAGAACUUUCGGGAAAGCCCGCGAAGUUUCGUCCGCCAUUAUCCGGCCCAGGCUAGUCAGCUACUACACAGGAAACCCGAUUUUGACUUUUCACUUCAAAUAUACGAACGCAAACAUGGCGGACUCCAGUAAAAGUGUUGCAGAAGAAAAUGUUCUCCAUCCUCUAGAAUUCUUACAGACUUUGGAUAAAAUGAGGGUCUCAGGGGAAGGAUGUGAUGUUACUCUCAAGGUGACAGACCAGUCGUUUCCUGGACAUAAACUAGUUUUGGCAGCAAACUCCACAUAUUUCCGCGCGAUGUUUGGUUUGCGCGAAGGGUUCGUUGAAAGUAGCAAAAAUGAUGUUGUGCUACAUGAUUUGGAUCCAAAAGGCGUUAAUGCUGUCAUCAGUUACUUUUACAACUCCAAGAUCGAAAUCAAUGCCGAUAACUUCGAAGCCGUGUUUGCCGUUGCGAACAUGUGGGACGUGAAGUUUGUGCUGACAGCGUGUGAGAACUAUCUUCGGGUUCAUCUGUCAGCGAGCAACUGUCUCGGAUUUCAAAUUCUAGUGCACCAAAGCUCUGCCUUCUCCGAAAAUUUUAGGACUCUUCUAGAUGACUUUGUCAAUAAGAAUUUUAUGGUGAUUUGUCAACACGAGGAAAUGCUUAUCAUACCCGUGGAACAUCUGGAGAAGAUCCUCAAGGGUGAUGAGUUGUGUGUGAAAUCUGAAGAGAUCGUUUGCCAAGCUGUACUAAGGUGGUUGCGACAUGAUGUUACAGGUCGUAAACAAAAUGCUGCAAGAUUGCUCUUAGCCGUUCGCUUAGGUCUUCUCAGUGACAGUUUUAUUACAUUAGUUUUGUUUCAAAAUGAUGUCAUACAAUGUUCAGAUGAAUGUAAAAACUUGCUAAGACAAGUGCUGCAUCAUUCGGAAUCUUUACCAGCAUACUUAUGGCAAGCAAGACAUCUAUCUGCUCUUUAUCUAUUUGGUGGAUACUUAAAUAACACAAAUCCCCUCCAAAAAGCCAUACUUUCCUCUGCAUUCGUUGAAUAUCUUGACUUCCAUGGCAAGAAAUGGGAAAAGCUCUAUGAAAGUUUUGUGGACGAAGCAGCCUGGCUCUACUUCAGAGCUGUUUGUACCAAAAAUUUUAUAUACAUCAUUGGGGAGAGAGUCAUGAGAUACUCUAUAGCAACAAAAGAAUGGCAAGAUCUAAAUGUUGAAAUGCCUCUGCGCAACUAUAUCAUACACUGUGGGUUGGUUGCGCACGGUGAAACAAUAUAUGCAAUAGGGGGUCUUUGCAAUGCCAUCAAAUUAUCAAGUGAUGUUACCCAACAAAGUCUAACAUGGGAAGGUUUACCCCAGACAGUUGUAGAUCAUUAUCGCCCAGGAGUAUGCUUGCUUGGUGAUAAUGUGUUUGUCGUUGGUGGGUGUGACAGGGCUCAUAGUGAUGCUCAUACUGUAGUUGAGCAGUUGGACAUCUCUGAUCCUCAUGCUGGAUGGGCAGGGGUGGUAUCCCUGACCACACCCAGAUGGGGAUUAGGUGCUGUGGUGCUGAAUAAGAAGAUCUUUGCUGUUGGAGGGUUCGACACAGAUAACCGAGCCCCCAUCGGUACAGUAGAGGUUUAUUCCCCUAGGAACGAUACUUGGACACAAAUUAAACCCCUUAACAGGGCACGCCGUCGAUUUGGAAUAGCCGAAGUUGAUGGUACAAUUUUUGUUGCUGGUGGCUUUAGUGAGGAUAGUGUUGAAUAUUACAACCCACUGUCAAAUCAGUGGGUGGUGCUUGAGGGAGUUAAAGUGGAUCGGUAUGACAUUUCUUGUUUCGCUUUGCCUCUGCCUCAAUGCUUAUGUGCUACUCUACAAGAUCAUAUGUAAACAUAAAGAAUUCCUAAUAAAGUCUGGGUGAUACUGGGUAUUAUUAGCAAGAUGGGGGUGGAGGGGGGCCUGAGCUGAGGGGUUGAAAAAUUGCUUAUUUUCAUUAAAAUGCAGAGGUCAAAAUUUUAAUGCUAGAAAGGAUUUUCUUUCAACUCACAAUAAUAUGAAUUCUCUUAUUGUAAACUUGGGAAAAUGUUAAAAUGCCAGGUGUAUUUUGGGUUAAGAUUGGUGAUCACAUAGCUUUUUUGGAAUUUUUGGGAUCUGUUGGACACUCAUCAUGAUUAUGGCCAAGUAUCCCAUCCAACUCUAGAGAGUAAAGAAAUGUUGAAAUGAGAAAAUGUAAAAGUCACAACAAUUAAAUAAGAAAGAUGGAUGCAUGCCUCAGUUUAUUUCCCAUAGAGAAAUUAGAUAUAGAAGAAAGACUGCUUUUUGUAGUUUAGGCAUGGUAGUUGGAUGAUAGGAGUGUGUGCGUGUGUGUGUGUGAGAAGACAAAGGAAGAGGAUCCUUUAUGAGUUUUAAAUACAUGCAAUAUAUGAAAUCUGUGCCUUUGAUUAAAUAUCUGUGUUUAUGAAAUGAAGACUCCAUCUUAACAAUAUGUUAAUACAAAA